UAGACUGCUAAACCACGAGCGCAGAUGGCAUCUGAAGCAUUGAAAUGCUCCCUGGAGAUGCUCUCACUGGCGUCUCUUGUGAUGAGCGGACUUUGAGGAGCAGAUGUGUUCAAUUUCUCUAGUUACCACGGUUUUGUCGGUUAAAUGAAGAGUUCGAUGACAAAAUGAGAUUUCACGGCCAGUGAUGCUGCCUUUGUAUCAGAGGGUGUGGUGGAUAUUUUAUAAAGGCUGCCAAGGUUGAAGACGGCGCUUGUUGGCAUAGCAUCGUUGCCAAGUGUAUAGGGCAACUAACUGACAGAACACAAGUGCUCUGUUACGUGUCCUGUCCUUUAGUUGCACUGUACAACCUGCAGCUUUUAAGAUAGCUCAUAUGUCUCGUGAAAAUAUUUGGCUGAUUGGCGAUGUCAUGGUGAACUACCUUUUUCCGGCUCCUCUGUUUUCAAAACUAUCCCUGUUUUUUCUGACCUGCAACAUGAAGUGUCUUAAAUGUGUGUUGAACCGUAUUGACGUGGACUGCAUCUAAUUAACAUUAUAUAGAGACAUAGGUAAGUGCUGCGAUGUAGAGAAAUUUUAUAGGAAUACAAUCCUGGUUGACAAAGUUGUGGAAAGAAACUUAUUACCAUAGCUAGGUUAUUUUCUAAUGGUAAAUAUAAAAUAAUAAUAAACUUGCCUCAAUUAGGUUAUUACCUUCAUCCCUCCGCCUUUUCUUAUUUGGUGUACGAAUCUCAGCAGACAUGGAAUCAUUAAACCAGUGGUAGGAAUUUUUGCAUAUAUGCUUGCUUUAUCUAGGAUUAUUUUAUUAUAUUUCAAAAAAAAAAAACUUCAAUGCAUUCUAUUCUCCUACCUUCCUGGUGUAGUUGGUGCCUUGUUUAAUUUGAUCUCAUGACCAAUAUAAAGCACAGAUUCCUGAAUAGAAUUCACAUUUUCAGAAGGCAGGUCCUGCUUUAGAUUGGAUUUUCUUCAUCGAAUCUACUGCAAAGCAUGGACUGCCUUCCGCAUUUUCUGUGGAUUCUAUGCAAGCAUACUAACUGAUCGAAGUUAUCAUUGAUCACAAUUUUAUUGUCGUGCUCGCUCAGGCAACAGCAAGGGCAGAUGAGGAACUAUUAGGCCACAGUGCGACUGCUAGUUUUGUUACAGUACUUUUUAAAAGGUUUUUCUUUAUUCUGCUAAACUAUAUCAUAAGAUAACGUGUACUUUGUGCAAUGCUGGCAUUAGCCUUGGACUGAACAACCAGAGCAUUUGUUAACAAAUGAAGUAUUGAAGCUAAUUAUCGCUUUGAAUUUCAUUCGAGUUAUGUGUAUAUGCUUGUCACCAUCUUUAAUUUCGUCACUGGCAUGCAAUCUUAGUAUACACUACGAUGAAGCUUGUGCAGAACACAAAGGAACAAUGAUGCCGCUUCUCUUAGCAACUGAUUUCAAUGUGGUCAGUUCCACUUGAAAGAAAGACUCAUAAUCUAGUGGCCGUAGGAAGUAAGUUUUUCAUUGUGAAUUUUUUUUUAAAAAAAAGCUUUACACAGCAUUUAAUAAAUGCUGCGUAAAGUUUCAAAACGUUCACCUAUCAACCUGUCAAGGUCUCUAAUGUUGAACAUUAGAUGAGUUGUUUGAGUAUGUUUUCUCCCUCUGUGCAUCUGUUGUCUCCCUAACAGCAGGUUUUUUAAAACUCUGACUUGGCGAUGAAAAACAGUAUUGUAGGGCAGUGUACUGCACUUAAGGGGGGAUGCGGGAAUCAAAUCGAGAAAUUCUCAAAAAAAAAAAAAAAAAAACGAAUUUCGGAUAAGGGCAGAUUUAGAUUUUGCAUGACCAUUUCUAUCAUGUCUAAAAAUAUUUCCGCCGAAAACGAUCUCAAAUCAGGCUUAAAAAUUGUUUUUCUGACCGCGGAUCGUGAAAAGCUGGCUGAAAUCUGCGCAAAAAUGGUCCAUUUCCGAGCACGAUAACCCCGCGCCUUCGCCACCGCUCGCGAAAAGUUUGGUGUCGCUGGAAAGUUUGUUUCACCGCCAUACUCUCGGUGAAACCAUCUGUCUACGAGCGAAGAUAAAUUCACAAUCAGAAAAAAUGGGCGGCAUACGCUACACCUUAGACGCGCACCGAUUGGUCGCUUCUGUCACGUGGUACUGAGCGCGCUCUGUGAGUGACUGCUGGGACACGCUCGCUUGUGCUGGUCGUCUGCUUCGCGCACGCCUGCUGUGCACAUGCUGGCGCAUGAUAGUUUCUGAAUUGGCUACUGCUGUACGACCCCUGAUACUCUUCUGUAGUGCGAGGCGUAGCGCACACAAUGGAUCGUCACGCAGGCCAUAAGCGCGGGCCGGAUGCGCAGGACGAAGUAUCGGACAAAGUACGCGUACGGGAAGUGUAAACGCAAGCCUCCUGUUCGGCAAAUGAAGCGGUCAACAGCGAUUGAUUCAGACGAACUGAGGACCGCGUCGCCACCAAGCUAUGUGUCAUCGGAAACCGACACCUGCUCGAUGCCGCUGCUCGGCAGUGAGGCCUAUUAUGCGGAGCCGUUGACUAGCUGCAACAUUGCGUCGGGGUUCGAGCGCAACAGACGUCUCGUUUCCGUGGCGGAGGAUGACAACAUCGUGCCAGCGCUUCGAAAUGACGAUGAGUCGAUGGUCAGCAGUGAGGCCAUAACCCGGGGCCGUCAAGUAGCCGCGGUAUCGCGGUGCGAACGCAAGAGAAGUUUCGAUCUCGCAGGCGGGUGCCAGGACGACCUGGUGCCAGCUGUCUAGGAUGUCGGCGAUCGUUUUCCUCAGCGGAAGCGCACUGUUUAAGUACAUUUGGAAUCUCAUUUUGUGUCCUUGGAAGCCGCCGAUAAACAAGCCAGAAGUGUCCGGGAUGCGCUUCGCGAGGUGUCGGCAAUGGAGCGCAAGUUCGGGUUCGCGCAGCAGACGGAGCAAACAUCGACACCAAAAGAUGACGAGUUCACCCUAGUUCAAGUUUCUGCCAUGAAUUUUUUAAUAGGGCCUGCACUCUGCCCAAAAUGUUGUCAGGAGACUUUGUCAGUGCAGCAUAGGACAAAACUGGGCCUGGCAGUAAAACUGGUGCUUUUGUGUGCUUCCUGUAGCCCUAUUCAUUCUCCUUGGUCAUCCAGCAGAAAAUCCAAAGGAAGGGCUUUUGAAGUCAACCUAAGAGCCAUGCAAACCAUUGGAAGAGCCAUGCAAGUCCAUUGGAAAAGGGCCCACUGCCCUGAAUGAGUUCUGGGCUACAAAAAAUGUCUCGCAUCGGGGCAUUCACCAAAAAACCUAUCAGGAACUCCUAAAAAACAUUCGAACCAGGACCAGAGGAAGCUGCACAAAUCUUUGCAGAUGCCGUGUAUGCAGUAAAAGAUGUGUACAGCAAGAUGCAGCCAUCAAGCCCAAACAGCAUCACAGUUGUGUAUGACGGCACGUGGCUUACGAGAGGCCACAGCUCGCACAUCGAGGUGGGCUGCAUUAUUGAAUUUUAUACGGGGCUUGUGCUGGAUUGCACAGUCCUCUCCAACUUCUGUCUUGGGUGUUGUCAAAAACCAGCAGAAAGCGACCGCAACUUCGUCACUUGAGCUGAGAAGCAUGAAUGUCAGAAAAAUACUGAUGUUGACUCCGCACAGAUAGAAGUGGAGGCUGCUCUAACACUUUUCAGGCGCUCUGUCAGCAGGUAUGGCCUUUGCUACACCAACAUUAUAUGCGAUGGUGACAGCCGAAUUUAUCUUGCUUUGUGCAAAGAUGAGGUGUACGGUUUUAUACCACUGACGAAAGAAGACUGUGUUAAUCAUGUGCAGAAGAGAAAGAGCACUGUUCUACGCACAUUAGGUGGCACGAGAAAAGAAAGGCGAGCCAUUGGGUGGGAGGGGUGGACUGACCCAGGAGCUGAUUAAAAAGCUGACCACCUGCUACGGGUUAGCCUUGCAAAAACACGCAAGCGUCAGUGACAUGCAAAGGGCCGUGAUGGCCACUUUUUACCAUGUCAUGUCCAAUGACGAUGGGCCUUACCAUGAGCUCUGCCCACCUGGCCCUGAUAGCUGGUGCAAACAUCGUUCAGCACAGGCCAAAAUGGAGCCAACACCAACUCACAAGUAUAGCCUGCCAAAACGUGUAGCGGAGGCUCUGUUGCUGGUAUAUCAAGGUCUCUCUGACCCGCAACUGCUGGAGCGAUGCAAAGGCAACAAAACGCAGAAUGCAGCGGAAAGCUUACAUUCAGUGAUCUGAUCACUGACUUCAAAGGAUAAGCACGCUUCAUUGUUCCCAGUGGAAACUGCUGUACAUGAAGCAGUUGCUCGGUACAAUUUUGGUAAUUUGCGAGCCUACACUGAAAUGUGCAGGCUUAUGGGCAUCAAACCUGCCAGCCUCAUCCUUCAAAGAGCUGAAGAAAAGGACAAACAAAGAAAAAGAAAAGCACGCAGGGCAGAAAAAAAUGACACAGCAGAGACGUAAAAAGCCUCUCGCAAGCAAGGACACAAAAUAUUACAGUCUCGGGCCAUUUUGAUGGGCUUUUACUGACCGUUCAACUUUACAGUUUUCUGAGAAUUGUGUUUUGACCCAACUGUCUUGCUUGCCAUGAUGUUUGCAUGAAUAUGGCUCGACAGAUUUUGAUGUGGUUUUUUGCAGUGUGUUCCUCAGUCAAUUUCCUGUGUCGUAGACGUUUCCAUAUUUGUUAAUUACUGUCUCGUUGUUUUUACUCCCAAGCUAAUUUCACAUUGUGAUAACGACUGCAUUUAGAAGGGUGUAUAAAACAUUCUUUGUAAAAUAAAAACUAAGUCAUAAAAAUUUUUGCAGAAAGCCACGACAUCAACCAUCCAUAUGGCUGAAAUAUUAGAGCAACUAUGGGCUUCUAUCAUGUUAUGUUGUCAGGCCAGGCUUUGGGCAAGUGAUGCAUACAGUGAUGCAUAAAAAAAAUUCAUAAUUCUAGAACUAUAGAGAUAGCUAAACAAAACUUUGUCAUUUAUCAUUCAACACAGUUUCCAAUAAGCAUGUGAAAUUUCAUUGCUCUACAACAAGAACUACGGAAUUUCGCCUUCGUUUCCCACCUCCCCCCUUAAUAUGUAAAAUUAAAGCUGCAAACAUUUAUGUACCGGUUUGCAUUACAUUGAAAUGUGCUGUACCAAUUUAUGAGCAUGGUUUUUGGAAAACCAUAUUGAGCAUUUAAGAAUUUUCUAUAAGGUGUAAGUGACUCAGAUUUGUGCAUUUUUAAUGUUCUGGUGAAUUUAGUCUACAGAAUUAAGAUAUUUGUUCUUGUGUCUUCUUUCAAUUGUUAACAUAUGGUGGAGCAUGCACAUAGGUUACUCUUGUUAAUGGGUAUUAAGUGAUGGUUUCAUGUUAACUUCCCGCUAUAUCCUCGCAACAAUAUCAACUUGGUCAUUCACAGGACAGUUACUUGUGCUGCUGCCAAUCUUUGCUCCACAUGUUACCUCAAUGCUUGCAUUCUCUCUGCCAUCAUUUUUAUCAUUGCCUUUUUUGCCUGACAAGUGCAACUGUGGCUUUGUACACCCAAGUAUAGUGGUGCGCUUUAGCUUGUGGACAAUACUACCUGCUUUACUAAUCUUUAAGCACACGUCACAUGUGUCACAUUGCUCUUCCUCCAACUUCCAGUCGUAGAGUUGCCCUUAUGCUUAACUUGUUACAAUAAUAAUAAUAUCUUGUUGCUUAUCUGGAAGCGUGCAGCAAAACGUAACCUGUUUUACAAAACUUGGAAAUGCAGUCUCUUUUUCUGUGUAACUCAGUUACUACAGACAGCUGUAGUGUGGAAAACAAAGGGCGUUUCGGAGGCAGGAAAAUUCAUUAGCUAAAAUGCACUGUUUGGCAAAACAUGUCUGGCAACGUCAUGGAGGGUUCUGUGAUAGGAGAAGCUGGUGCUCAAUGAUUAAUUUGAUCAAAUCCUGGCAGGCUCCGUGUAAUUUGUUUUGGGAAGCCUGAUGACCAGACCUUAAAUGAGACGGAACUAGCAGGUAAACAGCAACUUGCAAAAGGGGAUUUAACGAAGCAAUACAUUAUGAAUAUCCGUGUAAACAUUGAUCAUGCAUUGUGUGAAGUGAUUGGUCUGUGAAAUAGAUGAAGUUCACAGCUAUUGAGGUCUCAAAUCGAGGUUGUUUAUGGCUUGAUCAUUACAUUCUGUCAUUACAGUCAUUCAAUGACGACAAAGGUAAAUGCCUAGCAACGGUGGUCAUGGGUCCUACAGUUAAGGUCAACAUUGCAAGCCCCCCUACUGACAGAGUAUAUGACCCCUCGCCCUAUGUCAGUGCUGAAAGAUGCAUAUUCCCAGAACCCGGCCCUAAGAAAGCACUUGAAAAGCAGCCGACACUGCAGUUUCCAUGAGAUACAGCCAAGAACAGAGCCAAGAUCAUAGGCCCAACUCAGCAGACCUGGUGUGUCCUGGACAAUAACUCGUUAUGCAGGGGGGUGAUACAGACAGGUGGUAAGCCUAACCUGCUUGGCUGAUGGUCCAUUGUUCUGAUUCAGUAGGCUAUGCCGUUGGUUCACCUUCACCUGCAUGCUCUGCCGUUCAGGUAUACAAAGAAAGCUUAUUUGCCCAAUGUUGAUCUAAUGUGUUUUCAUUCCAAGGCAUAAGAAUCAGUGCACAUGUCUGCUGCUAUGGUAGCUGUUCGACCGAAAAUAAUUUUAUAUCCUGGCUGUACAAUAAGAAAUGGUGCAGGGUGUGUUGACUGACAAAGUACAGUGCCUCUACAAUGAACUCCAGUUGUGCCGUGAAAUGACAUCAGUAAUAAGUGUUUCUAAGUUAGCUGGUGAGAUGACCUGUGCCAGGUGACUCUGUGCCAACAAUGUUUUGCUGACAAACCGAACAAAAAAUACUCAUGCAAAAACAAGCUUUCUUUUAUUACCUGUUUGCCACCAUAAUAUGCAAAAUAACACAACUGUGGUCUUUUACAGUAGUUCACCUUAUUUUUGUGAGCUCUGCUCAGUCAUAACUUCUACUAUCACGUGGCACGUCGGUAUUCUUGACCGACAACUGACAGAUUUGCAAUAGCGAGUCACCAUGCUUGCUUGUCCGCAAAAAAGCAGGUACGAGAUCUUGCUCACAGCUUGUCACCUUUGUGUAGGCACCCUCGCCAUGUGUCAUCGCUCGGAGGCAUCCUCUCAGCUGUUCUCAAACAUAGCAAGGCGCCCGCUGCGGCAUCCUGUGAGCAGCUACACGACAGCUUCCCGCAAGAGGAUGGGAAGUCGCGGAGGAAAAGGACAGAAUGAGAAGGGUUCCUUCAAGUGUGACUACUGCGGCAAGGUGCUCAUGCAUAAAUACAACCUGGAACUACACAUGCGCACCCACACCGGCGAGCGACCGUUCCGCUGUCCCCUGUGCCCCAUGGCGUUCGCACAAAAGGGGGUCCUUGUGCGCCACAUACGAGCCCACACAGGCGAAAAGCCAUUUCAGUGCAGCUUUUGCCCUGAAUUGUUCAGCCGCAAGUCGUAUCGCACGAAACACGAGCAGAAAGUUCACAUGCGACUCGUCACGAACGCUCUAUAUUGCACAGAAUUCGUCCUUUUGUGUCACCUCCCUGCUGCAUCAUUGCCUCCGAGCUCCAAGAGUGGAAAAGAUGUGCAGCAGUGCCUUGUGUGUGGUUAUACCACGCCUUACGCCCACGUCAUGAGGAAUCACCACAAAACGCACACGGACGAGCGGCCGUACAAGUGCGCGACCUGCAACAAGGGCUUCAAAAGGAAGGGCCACCUGGAUGAGCACCUCUACAUUCACUCCGGCAAGAAAUCCUUCAAGUGCCACCUCUGUCCUAGUGACUUUGCCCAAAAGACGGGGCUUAUGCACCACUUGAAGAAACACAAGGGCUUUCUGCACCAGAUUUAUUUGUCUGUUACAGGCACCAUCAGAGGACAGCGCAUCGCUUAUGAACACGGGGAUGACUUGUCUGCCACACAUGUGGGUCAACAGUUCUCUCCCACUGAUGACGGUGCAAGCGGUCCUUGCGCUUCUAAAUCUGCGCACGGUGGUGUGUUGUACACUUGUGCUUAUUGCAGCAAGACUUUCAUGAGGCGUAACAGCCUUAACAUCCACCUGCGAAUUCACACUGGCGAGAGACCUUUUCGGUGUCAACUGUGCCCUCGAGCCUUCACUCAGAAAGUACACCUCAUGGAUCACGUACGAUCGCACACCGGGGAAAGACCGUUCCAGUGCCACUUUUGUCCAAUGGCCUUCGUCCGCAAGUUUCAUCGGAAGUACCACGAGCAGUGCAAGCACUUGAAGCGGACUGCUACUACUCCUUGACAGGCCGGCCAGAUGUCUGUGACACUUGCCGCUGAACAAGAAAGCCUGCAAAUAUGAAAAUGCCACGUGCAUCAAGAAGCAGAGCCCUCUGACAUGCUUUCUGCGAGGUUGCCAGUGUAACGGGAAAAAUGCAGAAGUGGAAAACAUUUUUUUUUUUCUAAGCCAGUUGUACUGCAAAGCGCAGCUGUACGAACUACGAGUAUUGAUUUGCCUGUGUUUCUCAUGUGUUUAGCUAGUUUAUUUGCUCUUUUCUGUCAUUUUGUGUUGUCUAUUUUCUGUUAUUUGAUGCUGGUAUUCGUGGGAAAGCACGUGCUGGUAUGAAACGUGGUACUUGCAUGACCAAUGCUAGACAUGAGGUAACAACACGGAGGUCUGUUAAACUGCUCUGCAAUUAAGAAAAUAUCACCCUGGCUCUUCAUGUACCACUUCCAUGAUGAAGCACCGUGUCGCUUUGGUCUUCCCAAGUCAGGCAAUAGUCAGAGCAGCGGUCAGGCUGCGCUAUCAGAAAGAUCAGCUGUCCAUGAAAUAUGGAUAACGACAGUGACAUGAAAUCGAGGGUAAGGAAUUCUUCUAAAAUGAUGACACAUUCUGUUGCUGAUCAACUCGCAGCGCAGUUGCUUGCGAAGAGCUUAUUUGAGGGCGGUACUUUGUUAUGCGGCUGGGAGUGUAGUCACAUGGUAUUUAUCAUGUUUCAUGGGCUUUAUGUGCUUAAAAACAAUGAGAACUCAAUAUGUUGCUAAUAAUGAUGCAUUUGUCUCCUAAAUACGCCUACAUGAUAUAUGCUUCAGUAACAUUUUAAUAAAUAUGUGAGUACCUGUCGAGUUACUAAUGAAAUCUCGUCAAUUAAAAGCUUACUGGUGUCUAUUUCUGUAUGUUGGAAACAAACAUGCACAAAUUUUUCCUCACAUAACUCAGUUUUUAUUUAGAAUGCAUCGUCACUAUUAUUGGGGAAGGGGACAGCGGAGUUAAAGAAAGUGGAAAGAAGAGGCCAUUUUCUCAUGGAAUUAAUACCCACAGCACUGAGUGUUGGAUCGAGACACCUUUCUUUCCAUUAGAAAAUCAGUGUAGCCUGUGGAAUUAGGAAUCGUACCCAGUACUUUCUGGAUUAGAAGCGGAUGCUCCAACCUUGUUCUUUUAAUGUGCUUGUUCUUUUAAUGAUUUCAUCUUCCAUUUGUCACUCUCACAUCCAUCCUACCCCUGUGCAAUGUGCGUAUUCCGGCUGGGCUCACUGUCUUGCACCGCAUCAAUAUAAGCUGAAAAUGCAUCACUUUGCCUGCGCAGGCCUGGUCGCCGUACGUCAUCACCCUGGCUACAGGAAAAAAGAACAUGUGCAGCAGUGUCACGUGUGUGGCUAUUCCACGACCAACA